CCACUUCCGGGCUCGAGCGUCGAGAUUGGCCGAGGGAGAAAACCCCGCGGAGGAAUCCCGGAGUGACCAUGGCGACCUACAGCCUGGCGAACGAGAGGCUGCGCGCCCUGGAAGACAUCGAGCGGGAAAUCGGCGCCAUUCUCCAGAACGCAGGUACCGUGAUCCUGGAAUUGUCCAAGGAGAAAAGCAACGAGCGGCUCUUGGACCGGCAGGCGGCGGCCUUCACGGCGUCGGUGCAGCACGUGGAAGCGGAGCUGUCGGCUCAGAUCCGCUACCUCACCCAGGUGGCCACGGGGCAGCCCCACGAAGGCUCCAGCUACUCUUCAAGGAAGGACUGUCAGAUGGCCCUGAAGCGAGUGGACUACGCUCGCCUCAAGCUCAGUGACGUGGCCAGAACCUGUGAGCAGAUGCUAGAAAACUAGGCCAGGCAGGUGGAGCGAGAGCUCGGCGGAGCCCCGGCCCCUGCACCUGGGACAGAAGCUGGAGACCCGUGCAAUGGGAAGUGUGGGCCGCCACACGCGUGCCCUGCUGGCCAGCGUCUGUGGGGACAAAGGGGCCGAAUGUGGGGGGGGGUGGAGAGACCUGGCGGACCAAGGCUGCCCACAGCUCUGCCCCUGCGCUCCACGGAAGCGCUGACGAGCUCAGACAGACGGAGAUUCAGACCCCAAACCCACUUCCUCCAACGCUGCAGCACCUGCCCUAGGCCACGGCAGCCUGGACCAACGAAGACAUGUUCUUCAUCGAAAGAAGCGAAAACAAGAACUAGGGGUUUUCGUAAUAAAACACAGUCGCAAUAAAAGCAAGGAGCCCAGA